AUGCAGAACAUCCAGGCGGUCUGCCGGUGUGCAGAGACCAAGCACCCCGAAGAAUCCCGCAGCGCAGGCAACUGCGGUAAAGAGCCGCAAAAGUGGAACGAGGCAAAGGAAGGAGGAACGGAGAUGGGCGAGACAGAGAAGCAACAAACGGGAAGAGGAGAAAGGUCUGCAGCCGAGCUAAAGGCAGGGUCGGCGGGUUUGGCUAGCCUUUAG